AUGAAGAAGGCCAAGGAAAAUGCUAGAGUCACAACCAUCACUUCUGACGAGGAGAAGGAUCUUGAGGACACUGUGCCAAUCUCAAAAUUAGCUGAAUCCAAGAAGAGACUAGCUUUGACUGACUCUGUUGACGCCCCUCCUGCAAAGAAGCCGAGGUCUAUUGGUCUUGGGGGUAAAAGUGACAUCCUCCCCGAGGACACUUGGCUUCCUGAGAUCCAAGUGGGUGAUCAACUUCUGAAAGUUAGCGACAACGUUUUCAAAGACAUCGAAGUUAGGGCUACAUUAACCACGGGCCUUCUCCUCUACACAGACUUAAGCCAAAUUAGCAAGUACAACCACCUACCCAAUAGCAAAAGAUGGUCCCUCCAUGGAAUGACUGCUCUCGUCACCGGUGGCACUCGCGGAAUUAGGCAUGCGAAUAUGGAGGAACUGACAGGACUCGGGGUGAAAGUGCAUACCUGUGCUCGGCACGAAACAAAACUGAAGAGGUGUUUGGGAGAUUGGGAAGAUGAAAGAUUUGGAGUUACGGGUUCGGUUUGUGAUGUGUCGUCUUGCCUCCAGCUAGAGGAGCUAAUGGACUCUAUCUCCUUUGUCUUCAAUGGCAAGCUCAACAUUCUUGUUAAUAAUGAUGGAACCAACAUAAGGAAGCCAAUGGUAGAGUUCACUGCCAAAGAAUAUGCUACACUCUUUGCGACGAAUUUUGAAUCUGUUUUUCAUAUGUGCCAACUUGCACAUCCUCUUUUAAAAGCAUCAAGAGUAGGAAAUGUUGUAUUCACUUCCCCUGUCUUUGGCUUUGUGUCACUGAAGUUUAUGUCUGUCCAUGAAGCAACUAAAGGAGCAAUUAAUCAACUUACAAGGAAUUUGGCAUGUGAGUGGGCAAAAGACAAUAUCAGGAGUAACGCUGUUUCACCUUGGUAUAUUAAAACCUCUUUGGUGGAGCAAGUAAUUUCCUUUUCACCUUCUUUUGUAAUUCAUAAUUUGUUUUAGGUCCUUAAAGUAUUA